GUGUGCAACAUAUUGGUAACUUGGGCGCCGUAACCUCAAUCUUUCAAGCGCGCCGCAACCGCACGGCUCUCAUGUGGUCCUCUGUCUGCUCGAAUCAGACAAAAAAAAAUAAACAUUCAAAGUUUUUCUGGCACUUACAACGUGUGGAAUUAGUUACAUCGUUAACUGACUCACACUUUGAUAGUCAACGUUGGUGAACCGGGGUGUAUUCGCAUGUUCUGUGAUUUUCUAUUAACAAUCUGAUUGCAAUGGGCGACAAAUUACCGGAGUCUAUUAGCUUUCCUCAGGAGGAAGAAGUUAUUUCUGAGCUAUGGAAAAAACUCGAUGUUUUCAAAAAUUGCCUCAAGCAAUCAAAGGGCAAACCACGUUACUCCUUCUAUGAUGGACCACCCUUUGCAACUGGUUUACCUCAUUAUGGUCAUAUUUUGGCUGGUACCAUCAAAGAUAUUGUGACAAGGUACGCGCAUCAGAGAGGCUUUCAUGUAGAAAGGAGAUUCGGUUGGGAUACCCAUGGAUUACCAGUAGAAUUUGAAAUUGAUAAAGCUUUAGACAUCAAAGGACCAGAUGAUGUAAUGAAAAUGGGUAUAGACAAUUACAAUAAGGAGUGUAGAAAGAUUGUUAUGAGGUAUGCCUCAGAAUGGGAAAAAAUCAUUGGAAGACUCGGUAGAUGGAUAGAUUUUCAGAAUGAUUACAAAACUUUGUAUCCAUGGUAUAUGGAAUCCAUAUGGUGGGUUUUCAAGCAAAUGUUCGACAAGGGCUUGGUUUAUAAAGGUGUCAAGGUGAUGCCUUUCUCAACUGGAUGCAACACACCUCUUUCAAAUUUUGAAUCAGGUCAAAACUAUAAAGAUGUGGUUGAAACAGCUGUUGUUGUAUCGUUCCCUCUCGUCGAUGAACCAAAUGUUAGCAUACUUGCUUGGACAACAACACCAUGGACCUUACCUAGCAAUCUUGCUUUAUGCUGUAAUGCAAACUUUGAAUACGUGGAAGUUUUGGAUCAUGAAUCUGGAAAACAUUAUAUUUUAUUGGAAUCUAGCAUAGGACUUAUUUAUAAAAGUGAAGAUUUAUAUACUGUUAAAGGAAAAAGGAAAGGUUCUGACUUGUUGGGCAAGUCCUAUGAACCCCUAUUUACAUAUUUUGCUUACAUGAAGGAAAAAGGUGCAUUUAGAGUACUGAAUGAUAAUUAUGUCACUGCGGAUUCUGGUACUGGUGUGGUUCACCAAGCCCCUUACUUUGGAGAGGAUGAUUACCGUUGCUGUUUGGCUGCAGGAAUCAUCGCUAGAGAUCAAGAAACUAUUUGUCCUGUAGAUAGUAGAGGCUGUUUCACAGAUCCAGUCAAAGAUUUCCAAGGACUUUACAUCAAAGAUGCUGACAAGGAAAUCAUAAAGAACCUGCAGUCUAGAAAAAGACUGGUUCACAGUGGAAGUCAUAAGCAUAGCUAUCCCUAUUGUUGGCGCUCUGACACACCCUUGAUUUACAAAGCUGUGCCUUCUUGGUUCAUCAGAGUCGAGUCAAUCAAGGACAAGCUCUUACAAUGUAACUCUGAAACGUACUGGGUGCCGGAUUACGUCAAGGAUAAACGAUUCGGCAAUUGGUUGAGGGAUGCGAGAGACUGGGCUAUCAGUAGGAAUCGUUACUGGGGCAAUCCGAUACCGCUGUGGGUUUCCGAGGAUGGCAAGGAAGUAGUUUGCGUUGGAAGCAUCGCCGAACUCGAAAAAUUGACUGGACAAAAGAUCACGGAUAUUCAUCGAGAGAGCAUCGAUCAUCUGAAAAUCCCGUCAGUUCGUCCCGGUCAGCCACCUCUGAGUCGAGUACCGGAAGUUUUCGACUGCUGGUUUGAGUCAGGUUCCAUGCCUUACGCUCAGAUGCACUAUCCAUUCGAGAGAGUCAAGGAAUUCGAGGAGAGCUUCCCUGCUGACUUUAUCGCAGAAGGUAUCGACCAGACGCGCGGAUGGUUCUACACUCUGCUCGUCAUCUCUACGGCUCUGUUCGGCAAGCCUGCCUUCAAGAACCUCAUUGCUAACGGGCUCAUCCUCGCGUCCGACGGCCAGAAGAUGUCCAAGCGUAAGAAGAAUUACCCAGAUCCUAUGGAAGUGGUCAACAAGUACGGUGCCGACGCCUUGAGGCUCUACCUCAUCAACUCGCCGGUUGUCAGGGCGGAGAACCUGCGAUUUAAGGAAGAUGGCGUGCGCGACAUCGUCAAGGACGUCCUUUUGCCCUGGUACAACGCCUUCCGUUUCCUCCUCCAGAACAUCGAGAGGUACGAACACGAGACCGGAAAGACUUUUGUUUACGAGGCCACCCACACGCUUUCGGGCAACCUCAUGGACCGCUGGAUUCUCUCCUUUACCGAAACGUUGCUCAACUUCCUGAAGACUGAAAUGCAGGCCUAUCGACUCUACACCGUGUUGCCACGACUCAUCAAAUACAUCGACAACCUCACCAACUGGUACGUGCGCAUGAAUCGCAGGCGGCUCAAGGCCGAAGGAACCGCGCAGCAAGAAGACUGCCGUGCUGCGCUGAACACCCUCUUCCGCGUGGUCUACACGAUGGUCCGCAUCAACGCCCCGUUCACGCCCUUCCUCGCCGAGUUCAUGUUCCAGCGGCUGGUCCGCUACCUUGAGCCGGGCUCUGCAGCCGCCGCCAAAGGGUCGAGUGUCCAUUACCAGAUGAUCCCGGAUGCCAGCAACGAGCUCAUCGACGAGCGCAUCGAGCGCGCUGUCGCCUGCCUGCAGGAAGUUAUCGAGCUUGGUCGCGUUGUUCGUGACCGUCGUACCAUCCCUGUGAAGUAUCCGCUGCCCGAAAUCGUGGUCAUUCACCAAGAUGCUGCUCUUCUCGAGCAGCUGCUGGAACUCGAGUCGUACCUCAAAGAGGAGCUCAAUGUUAGGAAGCUUACCGUCACGAAUGACAAGCGCAAGUACGGAGUGAGUUUGAGGGCCGAGCCCGAUCACAAGACUCUUGGAGCCAGACUCAAGAACGACUUCAAGUCUGUGAGCGCAGCCAUCCGGGAGCUCAGUGAUGCGCAGCUGCAAAGCUUCCUCGCCUCCAAAGAGAUCGAGGUGUUGGGACAUAAGCUCGAGGAGCACGAGCUCCGCAUCAUGUUCAGCUUCAGCGGACCAGCGGCAAGCGAACUCUCAGCACGCUAUGAGGCUCAUAGCACGGGUAACCUCCUGGUGCUGCUCGACUGCACACCCGAUGAGAGCAUGCAGCAGGAAGGCUUGGCGCGCGAGUUCAUCAACCGUGUGCAGAAACUCCGAAAGAAGGCGAAGCUUGUACCGCUCGAUGAGGCAAGUCUGUACUACGAGAUUAAGCCCGAGAGUUGUCCCUUCGCUGAUGUUGUGAAGAGCCACCAGGAAUUCAUUGAAACGACCACCAGGACGCCGCAGAAGAGCAUGAAGGAGAUGCCAAAAUCCGCUAAACCCGUCAUCGAAGAGACCAUGAACGUCAAGGGCGUCGAGCUGAGGCUGGUUCUGCUUACCACCGGCAAUCGGUCUCAACAACAACAACAACAACAGCAGCCAAAACAGCAACAGCAGCCAAAGCAGCAACAACAAUUUCAAAGCAGCGGAGUCCCGCCUUUCGCCAAAUACGUCAACGUUCAGUUAGUCGGCAUGCAGCCUAGAUUUGGAGCCAAAGGAGAGUUUGCAACUGUUCUAUUAGAUCAGACUCUGAAUCACGCGACUCUGAAGACUGAGAUUACCAAGAUAUUUGGUCUCUACGGGUGUCACUAUGACCUGUUCGUCAAAGGCAAAUUGAUCGACGACAAAACUAACAUCCAGUCACUCAAUGGCUCUCUGGUUCGCGCCAUCACCAAGAAUGCUCAAGAACGUUUGUCCGCGAACGAGGCAGAGCCGGUACUUAACGGACCAGUUUGCCCCUUCGUGAACGUACAAAAGGGCGAGAAAAAAACCAGUGUUUUGUUGGAGAACCCAAGAGGUGACUUCACUUUGAACCAUCAGAACCUGAGGCAAAGACUACGACAGCUUUUCCCUGGCAGCAAUUUCUUACUACCGCCUGCACCCGUCCAACUGUUGAAUGGCUUAACAAUCACGUGUUGAAAAAUAUUGAUAAAUAAAUAAAUAAAUAAAAGAUGAAAUGAUUAUAAUAAAAAAA